UCCAAAGGCAGCAGUCGUCGUCAGUCAGUGAGUGUUGGGACGCGGAGUGCGUCGCUCACGUGUGCGUGUGAUGCCCGAGUGAGCACCAUGCGAGCUUUGCUACUGCUGUUGCUGGCCGCCUCCGCGACGGCCUCCUCGGCUGCCUCCGACUCGUACCUCUCCAAGCUGUUCCAGGACGGCCCUGCCGACCCCUGCUACGAGGACAAUGCCCAACUCCGGCCCAAGAGAUGCAUUCCGGACUUCGUCAAUGCCGCCUUCCGACGCAACGUACUCGCCUCCAGCACCUGCGGCCUCCAGCCCACCAGGUACUGCGAGCCGUCAGGUGGUAAAAACGAAGGCUGCCACAUUUGCGACGGGAGUCAGCCCAAGCUGGCACACCCGCCCUACUACCUGACCGACCUGAACAACCCCAACAACCUGACGUGCUGGCGCUCGGAGCCGAUGCAGCCGCACCCUCAGGGCUACCAGGACAACGUGACCCUGGUCCUGUCGCUGGAAAAGACGUACGAGCUGACGUACAUCAGUCUGCAGUUCUGCUCGCGCCGCUUCAAGCCCGACUCGAUGGCCAUUUACAAGAGCGUCGACUACGGCAACACGUGGCAGGCCUUCCAGUUCUACUCGUCGUCGUGUCGCAAGGACUACGGCAAACCCCCGCGCGCCACCAUCACCAAGGCCAACGAGCAGGAGGCCCUGUGCAUGGACGCGCACCGCGGCGACCUCGGCACCAACAACAUCGGCGCCAGGAUCGCCUUCAGCACCCUCGAGGGACGCCCGAGUGCGGCUGACUUCGACAGCAGUCCCGUUUUGCAGGACUGGGUAACAGCAACGGACAUCAAAGUGGUGUUCAACCGGCUGCAUCCCCCGCAAGCCGCCCCCGAACCCACCCCCGACGAAGCUCUGAGCACCAACCUGCUCACCCCGCUGAAUGAAACCGAGCAGACCGGCAUCGAGCACUUCAACUACCACUACGCCGUGUCCGAUCUGGCCGUCGGUGGCCGCUGCAAAUGCAACGGCCACGCGUCCAAGUGCAUGCCCUCGGCCAGGGACAACGGCCAGCUCGUUUGCGACUGCAGACACAACACGGCCGGACGCGACUGCGAGAAGUGCAAGCCGUUCCACUUCGACCGACCCUGGGGAAGGGCCACCCUGAAGGACGCCAACGAGUGCAGGGCGUGCAACUGCAACAAUCACGCCCGCGGCUGCCGCUUCAACAUGGAGCUGUACAAACUGUCGGGCCGCGAGUCGGGCGGCGUGUGCCUCAAAUGCCGGCACUUCACCGCCGGACGCCACUGCCACUACUGCCGCGAGGGCUACUACCGCGACGCCACCAAGUCCAUCACGCACCGCAAGGCCUGCAAACCGUGCGACUGUCAUCCGAUCGGCGCCUCGGGCAAGACAUGCAACCAGACGAGUGGGCAGUGCCCAUGCAAGGAUGGUGUCACCGGCACCACCUGCAACCGCUGCGCCAAAGGCUACCAGCAGAGCAGGUCACACAUCGCUCCCUGCAUCAGAAUGCCGAAAAUUGGUGGAAUCGAUGCUGGCAGCCAGGCGGACACGGGGACGGGCACGUCAGCAGCCGCUUCUGCCAAAGAUCAGUGUGGGACCUGCCCUGCGGCCACCAAGAGGCUCAACAUGAACAAGUAUUGCCGCAAAGAUUUCGCGGUCCUUGUGAAGGUGACGGGCCGCGAGAUGGUGGACGAAUGGGUUCGUUUCACGGUGCUCGUCGACGCGCUCUACAAGAAGCCGAGGAACAACGGAGCUAACCCUGCGUUCCUGCGGAAGGGACCCACAUAUGUGUGGAUGCUCGCCUCCGACCUCAACUGCAAGUGUCCAAAAGUCAAAACCAACAAAUUGUACUUGAUAGUUGGUGACCGCGAGAGCAGUGUACCGGGACGGCCUGGCAUCGAAGUGUCCCGACGGUCAAUAGUGAUUGAGUGGCGGGACGAGUGGCACUCGAGGAUGCGCCGCUUCCAAAGACGGGCCCGCGAAUGCCGCUGAAACGCAGGGCGCGGCAAAGUCUGAAUGGGAGGAAUAACGAAACACAUGAUUCCACACACUCACACACAUACUUUGCAUAAAUAAGGAUAAUUUAUUACAUGGCGGCUUUAGCUGUUAAGAGAUGAAUUUUUUCUCAUAAUACUCGAUCGAAAUGUUUCCAUGUUAAAUUUAACAAAGAGAGGAAUAAAAUUAUAUAGUGUAAAAAUUAACUAGGGUGGUCUGAACUCAUGGCUGUGCGGGGCGGCAGGUUCAUUUUUAGUUGGUGGCCGCACGUCAGCAGUCAGCAUUUUCCCAAAAGACCACUCUGAACGAGACGAUUGCUUCUUUGUACUCACAGAAAUCGGUUAGGUACCCAUCGUGUUUACAAUUGCGAUACUUCUAGUAUACUUUUAGUAUUCAUCACGUCUCGCGGUCUAAAACGCUUAUUUUUCGGUCCCGCACGCAUACAUUUGCAAUACUCUAGGUUUACUUUUGACAGCUCGCCUGCUGCGCGACCCUUGCCGGCCGCGCUCUAAAAUACAUGCGUUUGCAUCCCUCCCCCUCCUUUCUUUACAAAACACAAUAGUUUGACGAGCAGGUAUAAAAACCCUCCCUCAUAAGGCCCGUGUUAAACAGGUAUACAGUUUUUAAAAAGUAAAGCAAGUGAAUAGCAAAAGUAUAGCUGAAGUAUCGCAAAAGUAAACACGAUGCGGAUCUAAAUUUUUUCUGUGAGUAUUAAUUUAGUAAGUGUGUAAGUGACUGCUAAAUAGGGAGAAAUUCAUCGAAAAAAAUCUGCUGCAAGAGUUGCAUCCAAAAAUAUCACUCUUUUAAUUUCUUACAAAGUAGACACCUCCUUGCAAAAGUUAGGAAAUGCAAAACGUUUCGCAAAUGCUUCCCAGUUAUGAAAAAACGCACUGCUUCUACAUAUCGCAAAUUCUCAAUCUGAUCACAGCUCUUGCAGGGAAUUAUAUAAAAAGAAAAUAGUAUUUUAUGAUGAUAAAAAUUAAUUUAUUAGUCUUUUUUUGGAGAUUGCCUAUAAUUAUGCCUAUGUCAAUAUGUUCAUAUAUGGAGCACUGUGAGUUUGAGACUUUGUUUUAAGAAGAAAAUCAUAUACACAAAAGAAUUGUAUAAAUUUAAAUUUUAUUUCCUAGACAAGCCAAUGAUCAUAGCUUGUCACUUUUUUUAUUAUUUUGAUAAAAAGAAAUAAUUUAGUUUCAAAAUUCUACCUCGGUACCACCUAAAAUUAAAUUGUGUAAAUGUGAAAAUCGGUGUGCUGGUGUCUAUUUAGUUUUAAAUGGAAUAUAAGCUUAAAUCUCAUUGUCACACUGGUAAAGUGGGCACAAACGGAAGAGGUUAAAAAAUCUUUGUCUAAAUUUUUGCUGCCAUUUUUUUUAUUAUGGACCGCCAUGCAGAAGAAAUACAAUGAAAAGUUGAAACAAAAAAUGAAAUUAUUAUGUUGUCCGUCUCAUGUUCACUGUCAUAUUCUAAAUGCGUUGUGUGUUAUUAAUUAAAAGUGACAGGUGCAAGAAAAAUCCAUGUAAUGUUUAAAUUAAAUUGAAAAAAAAUCUGAAUGUGCUUUUUGUAGAUGCGCAAGUUAUCUUUGUCGAAAGUAUUACUUAAUUAAUUGUGCCAAAAAUAAGCAUCAGCAACUAGAUGGAAAAAUCAUGUAUGUCUUAAAAAUUGCAUGCGCUUAGUUCUAAUUACCUAACUAAUAUAGUUGCCUGUAGACAGAAACGCCCUGAUUAAUCAAAGGGAACGCCUAAUUGAAUAAAACUAUUGAAGCCGCGAUUUACAUCAAGCAAAAUAAUAUAUCUCUAUAUACUCCUGUUGUAAAAUGUAAUAUACAAAAUCAAUUUUGUAAGAAUUUGUGAAUUUUAUCAUACUAAAUCUUUAGUGACCGCUGCUUCUUAUACGUUUAUCUGUUAUUAUAUAUAUUGUGUUUCAAAACUUCCGUCGCAUUUCUUUAUUUUAAGCACAAGAGGAUCAGGUGCAAAUUUUAUUUAUUCCUUCCCACCAUCUCCGCUUUGAAAAUAGCUUGCCUGUCCAUAAAUUACUCGCUGGAAAACUGUUGGAUUUCCCACGGUUAUUAUAUUAAUGUGUCAGGAUCAGUUAUACAAACUUGAUAAAAUAAAUACAUCAAAAUCUAAGACCA